CUGCUACGAUACCGCUGCCUCGUGUUUCAAUUCAAACAGUUGAAAGCAGAAAGAAUGAAAGAGCAUCUACUAGCAGCUGUUUUAACAUUUGUUUUCGUAUUGCGUUAACGGUUGUCGUUUGUUUGUUUUUGUUAUUGUUUGUAGGUGUUUGAAGUGAUCAACUUGUGAGCUGAUAGUUUGUUGUUGGUUGCUCAGCUUGGUUUCACUGACACAGGAUCUAAGUCACACAGAGAAAUGGGAUGGGGCCGGAACAUGGAUGGCUGUGGAAAUUUCAUUAAAUACAGUUUAUUCAUAGUGAAUUUGAUCAUUUGCCUGGGAGGUUCAGUAGCAGUGGCUUUGGGAUUAUGGAUCGCCGUGGAUAAAUCUUUUGCUAACGAUCUCCUUGGAACUAAUCUCUACUUUGGCUCGACCUGUGUUAUAAUAGCCACUGGAAUCCUGGUGACAUUUACUUCUUGUUUGGGAUGUCUUGGUUCCAUCAAGGAAGUGAAAUGUAUGCUUGUCAUCUACACUAUCACCCUAUUCCUUAUUUUCGUUACAAUGUUCGUGGGAGGCAUUCUGGGAUACGUCUUUCGAGAAAAAGUACAAACCACCAUCAGGAUAGGCAUGGAGAGCUCUCUACGAGACUAUGGAAACUAUCGACCAAUCACCGAAGCUUGGGAUGAAACCCAAACCAGAUUGCAGUGUUGUGGCAUCUAUGGACCAAAGGACUGGCAGAACAGGAUUCCUGAGUCCUGCUGUAAGAUGACGUCUGCUGGUAGACGGGUUUCCUGUCAACAACUGGGAGAAAACAACAAUUCUUUCACUAUCUUCACUCCUGGGUGUCUGCCUGUCACUACAGAAUUCGUGAAGAAAUACGCUGUAGUACUGGGAACUGCUGGGAUCGUAGUUUCUUUUUUGAUGAUUCUGGGAAUGAUUUUCUCUUGUUCGUUAUUCAAGAUGAUUGAAUGAAGUGCCAUAAAUCGAAGAGAAGCCUUCUUGAAUGCCAGUGGUUUUUCUGAUAUAAUCGUGCGAAGUGUUAACAGUUAAGAGUUAUGUAUAUUUUUAUUUAUAAUUGUCGCUUUUAUAAGUAUAUUAUACGGCUAGUGGUAUAGUUUUUUGCUCACUUAUGAGUUGUGAUUAUCAUGCAUAUUUUCCAAGUAUUAUGUAGAUAGAAAUAAUAUAUUGAUGAAGCAUAGUGAAAAUACAGCCACUAUACCGUAAAGAAAAAUCACUUGGUACUAGAUCAGGAGAUGCAGUUGGCUUGAGAUGAUUCCUCUACAUUUGUAUCAAAUUAUUUAAAAAAAAUGCGAUUAGAGAUAUGUAUAUUUGGGAAAAUAUUCAAUUUGUUGGUUCUACUUAUUGUCGAAUCUGUUGGCUGUAUAAUAAAGUAUAGAUUCAAAUAGUUUAGUUUGAAAAUAUUGAAGUCUGAGUACAAAAAUUGAUUUUUUUCGAAUUACACGAUAACUGUGCCCAUUAUGUGCUUUCUGAUUCUAUUUGAUAAUGUAUUAUAUAUACUUUUAUAGCUACGUACUUACUUUUAUACCAGUAUUUUCAAUAAAAACAAAGAAACAAAUAAU